AUGGCGACGUCGGACACGUGGGAAGACGCGGACGCGCUCGAGGCGAUGAUGGCGGCGCUGAAAGCGCCGUCGUCGUCGUCGUCGUCCGGCGGCGGCGGCGGCGCGACGGCGACGGCGACGGCGGCGGCGCCGAGCGCGCGCGGCGCCGGCGACCGCGCCCGCGAUCGAGACGCCGCGGGCGCCGCGAUCGCGGGAGGCGCCGCCGCCGCGUCGGCGUCGGCGUCGGCGUCGGCGUCGCGGCCUCCGCCGAGCGCGACCGCGCCCGCGGGCUCCGGCUCGUUCUGCGACCCGCGCGCGGACGCGGUCGCGCGCGCGAGGGUCGAUCCCGUCCUCCGCGACGCGCUCGCCGAGCGCGGCGCGGCUCGGAUGAUCGUCCUCAAGAUCGAGCGGACGACGCUCAGGCGCGUUCUGUCAUCUCACACUGGUCCCCAUACGACCCCGUUCGCGUGGUGA